AUGGAGCUAACACCAUUGAACCCGAAAUGUGAAGAAUCUGGGGAUGCAUGGAAGGUCUAUGUAGAUGGAUCCUCCAACAAUAAAGAAAGUGGAGCCGGAAUCAUACUCGAAAGCCCAGAAGGAGUGACAAUUGAACACUCCUUAAACUUGGGCUUCCCAACUUCAAACAAUCAAGCAGAGUACGAAGCUUUGAUAGCCGGAUUGAUACAGGCUAAAGAACACGGAGCUAGAAGGGUAAAAAUCUUCAGUGACUCACAAUUGAUGACUUCACAGAUAGAAGGAAAGUAUCAGGCCAAGGGUCCUCUGUUAAUGAAAUACUUGAACAAAGUACAGGAGAUGAUGGCCGACUUUGAUGAAGUGCAAGUCACUCAUAUCCCUCGGGGGGGAAAUAGUCGGGCUGAUAUUUUGUCUAAAUUGGUUGCAUUGGGUGAUAUGUCUGAGCUUCUAACUAGUAAAUAUGACGCUGAUAGGUUGCCAGAAGGAAAAUUGAGCUACACGCAUCCCAAAACCAUGGUAAAUAAAGAUGGAACCACUCCCAGGCAACUCAAAAACAGCCGACAACCUGAUCUGGAGCUCGCCGCUGGCAGAAACGCCUCCACGUGCCGCCACGCGUAG